UCCAGUGUUUCUCCCUAUAGUUCAACGCUGCUCAACUUUUCAUGAGCGUGUUACCGCUUAAAGGCGUAAACAUAUUGGAAGAGAAGGGACCGCCUCGUGCAAAGAUUCACUGUAGCGAGAGUCCGGCUCUGGAGCGCGCGCACAUUUCAGCACCCUGGACAGCGCACGGCGCCGCAGUGGCGAUUCGUGGAUUCAACCGGUUGCUUUCAAACAGACAGGCAGUGUGUGAGGGGACCGUUUGAUUUACAUACAAACUAUUUGUGUGGGAAACGCUUUCUUGCUUUUCUGGACCACUUGGACCAGUGUCUUUUUAUUUGAUUAUUUCUAAUACAGAGCGUCUUCGUCGACUCAAUCGUGUGGGUAGGCGUGCCGCUGGAUGCGUGGUAUACUCCAGAAGCCGUGCUGAGUAGUGUGGGAUUGGUGACUGUCAGGCGGGCAGAAUAGUGUGGUGGUGGUAGUGCCUAAGCGACCCUCCAUUUAUAAGGAUGCUGGUGGGAAAUGCCUGGAGACAGAGAUGACGAGAUUUGUCAAAAGGCACUUGAACUCCUGUCAGAUCUUUGCUCGAAGGGGGAAGUGCAGAACGAACACUGCUUGGAUUUUAUCUACUAUUUCCGAGACCUUGCCAGGCCACGCUAUACGGAUUCAGAUAUAUCGGUGAGUCUGUUGUCGCUGGUCGUGACUGCCUGUGGCUUGGCCCUGUUUGGGGUCUCUCUAUUUGUCUCCUGGAAGCUGUGCUGGAUACCAUGGAGGGAGCGUGCGCUCUCCCCCACCACCAAGGAGGCCCAUGGGCACCACAACCCCACCAUGAGCCCUCUGCCCUCGCUGCUCACACCCAGGCAGCCAGUUUACACAGCCGUGGACCCCCCGGCGCACGACCGCCGUGAGUCACACUGCCCCAUCGCCAGAGAGCCGACUCCCGUGGCGUCUGUGGUGUCCGUGGAGGUUCCGGUGACUCCCGUAUCACCACCACCUGUGGUCAUGGCCACACCAGAGGCAGCUAUGAAGAUCAGUCACACAUCUCCAGACAUCCCACUGGACGCUCAGAAUAAAACCCGGGAAAAUGGGGUUCACACCAACCCUCGUAUGCAGAGACAGACCAGUUCAGUGGAACCCCCACCCUCUGGUCCCUUUGCGUCUGAAAUUGGACAAGGGACCAUUCGCAGGCAUAUGAACCUGUCUAACCCAGACUUCAACGUGGCCCAGUUCCAGAGGCAGGACUCCCUCACUGGAAUGGGGCUGGGCCUCGGUCGCCUCAAACCUGAGCUCUACAAACAGCGCUCCCUUGAGGGAGAUGAAGGCAGUCGCAGAGGUGAUGGCUGUGGGCGCCUCAACUUUAUCCUCAAAUUUGACUGCGACCAGGAACAGUUAAUAGUUAAGAUCCACAAAGCAGAGGACCUCCCAGCAAAGGACUUCUCUGGUACCUCUGACCCUUAUGUUAAGAUCUACCUGCUCCCUGAUCGUCAGACCAAGCACCAGACCAAGGUGCACCGCAAGACACUGAACCCUGUGUUUGAUGAGGUCUUCCUGUUUCCGGUGGAAUACUCUGAGCUUCCAACACGUAAGCUGCACUUCAGUGUCUAUGACUUCGAUCGGUUUUCACGCCAUGACAUUAUUGGCCAAGUGGUUGUGGACAACUUCCUGGAUCUGGCAGAUUUCCCCAGGGAGACCAAACUCUGUCGGGACAUCCAGUACGUCUCCUCGGAUAAUGUGGACCUCGGGGAUCUGAUGUUUUCGCUCUGUUACUUGCCAACUGCGGGGAGAUUGACCAUUACCAUGAUAAAGGCUCGCAAUCUCAAAGCCAUGGAUAUCACUGGUGCAUCUGAUCCAUACGUGAAGGUUUCACUAAUGUGUGACGGUCGCAGACUGAAGAAGAGGAAGACGUCGACGAAGAGGAACACUUUGAAUCCAGUCUAUAAUGAGGCCAUUGUCUUUGAUGUCCCUCCAGAAAAUAUAGAGCAGAUCAGCCUUUUGAUUGCAGUGAUGGACUAUGACCGUGUAGGCCAUAAUGAGGUCAUUGGUAUUUGUCGAGUUGGCAACGAUGCAGACACCUUGGGUCGAGCCCACUGGAGUGAAAUGCUCACAUGUCCUCGAAAACCUGUCGCCCACUGGCAUCCUAUCGUUGAGUACCAGGGGACCACAGGUAGCCAGGGAGGAUCCUGUAAUUCUCUGAAGACGCCUCCUUCUCCGUAGCCUGGAGCAACACUUCAAAUAAGAGCACCAAUCAACCUGAAGCCUUGGCUGUUGCCUUCGGAUGGUCGUGCUGCUGAGUGCUGCACACAUAUGGUCCUAAAAGAAGAGAACGCAGACAUCGAUAAACUACUGUGGAAAAUAGAGGGACACAAACUGUCUUGAGCUCUGCUCAGUCGGAUCAGUCGCAUGUUGAAUGGCCGCAAAAGAUGGAUGUUUUUAUUUUAUUUUAUAAUGUUCCAUAAUAAAAACAACAGGCAUGUACAGACAUUUUAGGUCUGUGCUAUUCCUGGGUUUAUACAGUAGUUACUGUUUUUUACAUGGUCGUGUUACUUGUUUUAAUGAGGUGAAUUUCAUUUGCACUCAACCAGUUGAACUGCCAUACUGUUUUAUAAUUUGGUGGUGAAUUGGUGCAUGAGGUCAUGGUUUGGUGGGAUAUCUUCUACUUGUUUGUUUGUUUCUGUUUCUAUUUUUGGGAAUACGAUGUGUUGUUCUGUCAGUUGACGUGCAGUGAUGGUUGAUUUCUAGACAAAGUAUCUGUGAGGAAAAUAUGUUAAAUGUUACCAAUUAAUAUUAUUCCAUUAAGAAAAAAAAACAUUUUUGAUCUCUACCAGUAUAGUUUUUAUUGUGGAAUAAUUUUUUCUUCAUUUCAGGAAAUAAAAGAAAUAAUAAAAAAAAAACACUUUAGAUUGACAUGGUGGAGAACUAGACAAUCUGUGACACAAUAAAAUAUAUAUACAAUAUAUAAAGAUUUUGAAUUAUAUUGUUAAAGUUGUAAUUUAUUUUGUAGCAUGUCAAUUCUAUUACUGUGUGAGUACUAUUAUAAGUGCAAUCCAUAAAAAGACAGCCAAGUGGAUUUCUGAAACAGGCGAGAACGACUGUUUGUGUGAGCAGAUUACGAAUGCCUGGAGGCACAGCUCUGAAACUAACCUUUGCCAAAUUAGCAUCUACUUAAAAGCAGUUUGGUGGGAAAUAAAUGGAAAUACCUUAACACAUUUACAAUGGUUUUCCUUGCAGUAAACAAUCCAUUUAAUUUUAAACUAUGCACUGGAUUAGAAGCAUGCACAUGUGUUUCUACUAAUUUGGCAGGUUGUGGGUGAGCAGUAAACUGUGGGAUUUAAAAUGGCCCCUUCACAAACUGCUGUAUGGGUACAGAGUGUGGCUCUGUUUUGCACGUCAACAGGAAGUGAAUGUAAAUUUGAUAUAAUCUUGUUGCAUCCAGGAAACAUUAGUAGCAGAUACUUGCAGACACUUCUUUCUCAUUUUUAAGAUGUGCCUAUCUAUGGAUGUUACAUUUAGGCUUCUGCUGUUACAUUUGCCUUUUUGUGUUGAUGAGAGGCCAGCCCUGGUAGUGAGGGGAAGUUACAAUAAAAUGUUGUAACUGCAAUAAAAUGUCUAUCAUUGAUUAUUACAUGCACAGAAUAUAUCCUUCAGGCCAAACAUUACAGAGUAUGCUGUUUUAAUGGAUAAGUCAAAGCUCCAGUAAGCACAGUCUUCAGAGAAAUUGUAUUUUCAAAACAAUCAGAAGGUAGAGACUUUAAAACGCUGGAAAACAUUUACCACUUUCAUUGACUUUUUAAUCAUUUUUUUUGCAGCAUAAAAGAAAAUAUGUUCAUUGCU